AAAACCGGAAAGUCUGCAAUCUUCCUAGUCCUAGAGCAUGGCGAAGAAGCAAACCAUCGGGGUCCCUUUGCCUAAACUUUAGCCAUUAUAGACGCAGAUCUUGACUCCCAUUCAGUCUUCUGUUCUAGUGGUGGGUGCAUGCCGGCGAGCUGCUGCAUCUCUUUAUUGUUCAGCUAGGAACGCUUGGGAAGAGGUCGGUCUUUGAGUUGUGUGCAGUUAGUGUGCAUCAAUUGAGUGAGGAUUUUAGGGUUCUUAAAGUGGUUGUUUUAAGGCGGUAGAUGAGAUGUCUGGAGCAGCGCCGGCGCCGAAGCAGGAUGAGCUAGUGCCGCAUCCAGUGAAGGACCAGUUGAGUGUUGCCUACUGCAUCAAUAGCCCUCCGCCUUGGCCUGAGGCUGUUCUUCUUGGAUUCCAGCACUAUCUGGUUAUGCUUGGAACCACUGUUAUCAUCCCCACUGCGCUUGUUCCUCAAAUGGGAGGAGGAAAUGAUGAGAAAGCAAGGGUAAUCCAGACAUUGUUGUUUGUGGCUGGUAUUAACACACUUCUUCAAAGCUGCUUUGGAACUUGCUUGCCGGCUGUAAUUGGAGGGUCAUAUUCAUUUGUGCUUCCAACCAUAUCUAUCAUUUUGGCAAGGCGUUACAACAAUAUAGUGGAUCCUCACGAGAAAUUCUUGCAUAUCAUGCGUGGAACCCAAGGUGCAUUAAUUGUGGCAUCAACACUACAAAUUGUUGUUGGUUUUAGUGGACUUUGGCGUAAUAUAACAAGAUUUCUAAGUCCACUAUCAGCAGCCCCUGUGGUAGCACUUACUGGGUUUGGACUCUAUGAGCUUGGUUUUCCUGGGGUUGCAAAGUGUGUUGAAGUAGGGCUCCCAGUCAUCAUUGUUUUAGUGAUAUUUUCACAGUAUGUCCCUCAAGCAUUGCAUCAUAGGAAGCUGCCUGUAUUUGAGAGAUUCGCUGUGAUAUUUUCAAUUUUAAUUGUGUGGUUCUAUGCCUACCUUCUCACAAUUGGUGGGGCAUAUAGGCAUGACCCACCAAAGACACAAGUGCAUUGCCGCACUGAUCGUUCUGGACUUGUUGGUGGUGCUCCCUGGAUAAGAGUUCCAUAUCCUUUCCAAUGGGGAGCUCCAAGUUUUAAUGCUGGUGAAGCUUUUGCAAUGAUGGCAGCAUCUUUGGUUGUCCUUGUAGAGUCUACUGGUACUUUCAUGGCUGUAGCAAGGUAUGCAAGUGCAACCCCUGUGCCUCCUUCAGUUCUCAGUCGAGGUAUUGGUUGGCAGGGUAUUGGUAUCUUGUUGGAUGGAUUCUUUGGAACAGCAAAUGGUUCAACAGUGUCAGUUGAAAAUGCUGGUUUGCUGGCCUUGACAAAUAUUGGCAGUCGCAGAGUUGUGCAAAUAUCUGCUGGAUUUAUGAUCUUCUUUUCCAUCCUUGGGAAAUUUGGAGCAGUUUUUGCUUCCAUUCCUGCACCAAUCUUCGCAGCCCUUUACUGUGUUUUGUUUGCAUAUGUUGGUUCCGCGGGCCUCAGUUUCCUUCAGUUUUGUAAUCUCAACAGCUUCCGCACCAAGUUCAUCCUAGGAUUCUCUGUUUUCAUGGGUUUGUCCGUUCCCCAGUACUUCAAUGAAUACACUUCUGUUGCUGGUCAUGGCCCAGUCCACACCGGGGCGAGAUGGUUCAACGAUAUCGUCAAUGUGAUAUUCUCUUCAAAACCAUUUGUUGCGGGGCUUGUGGCUUAUUUCUUGGACAAUACCCUCCAUAGGCACGACAGCAAUGUGAGGAAAGACAGGGGUUACCAUUGGUGGCACAAAUUCCGUUCCUACAAGGGCGAUACAAGAACUGACGAAUUCUACAAAUUGCCAUUUAAUCUCAAUAAGUUCUUUCCAUCAGUGUGAGCUCAAUCCUUAUGCACAGUGUGUCAACUUGUCUCUUCAGCUAAUUCUUGGAUCAUGUAUUGCAUCACCUUCUUCGCUUAGUGGCCCAUGAGAAACACUUAGUGUUUCUGUAUCGCAAGAUCUCUCUGGUUUUCAUUUAAAUACAUGUUUAAUCUGCAUAUUUCAUAGUUGAUAUGGUUCUGUGUGGAACAUAUUCUAUCUUAAUUAGCUUAAUCUGCUUCACUA